AUGCUUUCUCUGCCAAUCAUUCUUUCCUUCGCCACUUCGCUUGCUGCGGCCGCUGGUCUGAAUGACGCCUCUUUGAAGAACUACGUCAACUCGCUUGAUCUCGACUACAGCUUCAAUCCUGUCAAGGCAGCUUACUGGACAGAUCUGCCUCACCAUCGCAGAACCCCCUUUGCACUCUCUCCUGACGGCACUCGUGCUUUCCUCGCGUACCUCGACGACAGCGAGACCGAUGUCCAUGUCCAACGCGUGGAUCCCAAGACGUUCGCGGCGGUCGGCAUUGCAGUGACCGUCAAGGGUGGUAAAGAAGCAGGUGGACUCGUUGCCCACAAUGAUGGAUUUGCACUGUUGACCAACGAGGCUCUUCCGUCUGGGACCACUAACGCUCCUGCCGAUAGCACUCCUGUACCUGUUCUGUACAGAUAUACUGAGGGGGAGCAGACCUUCAAGACUUUCCUCGGUGGACCUGGUGUUCAUGAGAGUGACGGUCUUUCUGCUUCUCCCGAUCUCAAUGGCGAUCUUGUCUACUCUGAGAAGGCUGGCAUAUACGGCGCUUACUUUGUCGUUACCGAUUACAGCGGUUGGGCUGAAGGUCACUUUGGCGAUUCGGUCCAAUAUGUGUCAACUAACGGAUCGCUCGAUGCUCUUCCUGAGUCCAGCGCCUGGGGUUGUUCGCACAAUACUGGAAUUGCUUUCGAAGCUGCCGAUGCCGCUCCCUUCGCCAGUAUCUGCGCAGAAGAUCAGGGCGACAUUUGGCUCAACACCAACAAUCGCGGCAUGGAUCUUUCUGGUACCAAGAUCUCGAACGAGAACACGACCAACGGUGCUGGCGGCGAGUCCAUGGGUGGCAUGUCCGGUUCUUACAGCAAUCUCGCUCGCUAUCAGGACGAAGACUCCUACAUCUUCUCCUGGGUAUCCCGUGGUGCCGUUGAUUUAUACGAGAACAGCUGGAUGGGCAAGGGAUAUGUCGCCUCUGCGAACAGAACAAAUGGUCGCAACGUUGCCAUCGCAACUUUCUCGGACAAGCAGACCAUGGACGGCGAACAAGCUUCUUCCAUCGUGGGUGCCAAAGACGGCGACUCGCAAGUCAAUUGGAUCACUACUGGCACAGCCGACUGCUCCAAUGCCCACGUCGCCACUUUCGACGGCGCAAAUGCUCUGGUGACCUGGGAGCAGAUCGACGAGCCCCAAUGCGACUUCAUUGCUAUGGGCUGCCAAGGCGAGUACAGCGGAUCGUACUUUCAGCUCGUCAACAAAGGCGAGAAGAUCGGUGCACCGGUCAAGUCAAUGGAUACCUAUGUCGCUGGCGAUAUGGUGACCAUGACUGACGGGCGUAUCUGCUGGCCCUACGUCAACAUGACUUGGAGACUCGAUCAACCUGCCGGUGCAUACGGCGGUCUGCCUUCCUCGACCACUAAGCAGAUCUCUUUUGCUUGUAUAAGCGUCGGAGAUGCCGCAAACGCUUCGUCUUCAUCCGUGGUAUCUUCCAGCGCCAUUGUGGCCAACACUGCUGCCAUCAGCACCUCAUCUUCCACUGCACCAUCAAAAAUUCCAAUCUCCAGUCCUGUUGUCAUUUCAUCCACUGCCAUCUCUGCGUCUAUCUCGAGCGCCAAGAUCGCCAAAGUAGCACACUCGACCCAACUUUACUCUUUGUCCCUUGUUUCAUUGGCAUCUGCUUCUGCGACAACUUUCUCAACCGCGACCAGAGUAUCUUCCACUUCAAGCGUAGCAGCCGAGGAGAACUCGACUGCCGUUGCUGACACUGCUAAGAGUCAAAGUGAAAACUGCCAGGUACAAUACAUCUACGAGUAA